GGAAACGCCAUUAUAUUAGACAAAGAAAGAAAACGGAUCGAUUUCUGUUUUCACGCUUGACACUUGACACUCCGCCCAAAUUGAAAAUUAGCUACAUGCCUUCUUGGCUUGCAUGAAGAAAGUUCCUCCAAAUUCUAGAAUCUAGUGGCAACAAAAAGGCAAGGCAGUUUGUAAGCAUUGCAUGCAAAAAUGGCAAAUAAAGUCGAAGAAUUGAAAAAAGACAUAGCCGAGAUUGAAAACUUGGAAACUCAUGCCAUAAGACAAAAGGUAAAAGCCAUCCUGAGUAUUGAGAAAAGGAAGCUUAUUUCCGAAGUAAUGAGACUGGAAGAGAAGGAAGUUAGCGUUGUGGUGCCUGUAGACCAACCAAAGCUUCCUAUCAAAACAACGAACAUUCCUUAUGAGGUUAAAUUAACGAACUAUGCUUGGGAUCAAAGUCAAAAAUUCGUCAAAUUCUACAUUACUUUGCCCAAAGUGAACACGGUCCCCGCUGAGAAUGUUCAAUGUGAUUUCCAAGAGAAGACUUUGGAGUUGAAGGUGAAAAAUUUGGAAAACAAGGACUACGUUUUUAAGGUUACCCAACUCCUUUACGCUAUUGAACCAGCAAACAGUACAUAUAAGGUCAAAAAUGAUCUGAUUCUGAUAAAUGCAGCUAAAAAAGAAGACAUCCAUUGGUCUCACGUAACUGAAUGGGAAAAGAAAGCCAGCGAUAAGAAAAUGCCCAGCUUUGAUAAUGAUGACAAAUCGGAUCCUUCCGCUAGUUUGAUGAGCAUUAUGAGAAACAUGUACGAGACUGGGGACGACGAAAUGAAGCGUACAAUAGCAAAAGCCUGGACGGAAAGUCAAGAUAAAGGAAAAGGACCAGCAUUUUAAUUAUACUUUUUAAAAUUAAAUCUUGAUGUUUGCAUAUCGUACUCAGUCUGGGAAACGCCACAAAAAAUAUUUAAGUAGAUUAUGAUACGAUGUAGAAAACUGUGAGUUUUUAUUUUUAAGUUUUCCAAGUGAUUUUAGGUAAGUUAUGAUGCCGUUUUUCAGUAGAAUCCAUGUUCUAAGAAUUGUAGAAUAGGUUCAAGUAUAACGCAUAUAGCAAAAGCCAAUAAGCAAUAAUCUGAUAGGUCGGUUGAAAUCAAUCAAUUUCAAGCGGAGAGUGAUAUAGCUGUUAAAUUAAAAAUAAGAGUUAAAUGCAUGUGUGAUUAGUUCUGGCGUUUCCCAGGCUUAAUUUAAUGGCCCAGUUAUAUUAGGUGAUUGAAGAAAUCAUGAGUCCAAUUGAAUGCAAAGAAGCUGGAUUUUUACAUACAGCUUUGGUUUGGCACUACAAAGUCUCAUUAUUGCAGUUGCAAUUUUAGUACAAUUGAAGAUUAAACAGUGUCUAAGUUAAGCUCAACUGGUACUUGACUCUCAAUGUUUAAUAAUAAUAAAAAAAUACAGAAUAAUUUCCGAGACAAAAUCGAAAAUUUCCAAAUAUUUUUUUUUUUUUUGGGCCUACUUGAUUAGUCCUUAGCAUGUAUCAAUCCAACUUACUCAUUGUGACUAAAUACUAAAUAAGCUGUACCUACCUGUGGGUUAACAGUUGUUAGGUGAAUUAGACUAUCAUUUCCGGGAUUCCUGUGAUUUCUGUAACAAUAACGUAAUAUGUCUGCACUGCAAACAAAUGGAUCAUCUGCUCUCAAUGACUCUUCAACAUAAUUUGACAGCUAGAGGUUGAUGCGAUAGUCCUCAACUAUGAAACAGUUGAAGCAAAAUAUCUAGAUUAGCUUUUAAUGUGUUAAGAGAUAUUCUAUUAUAUUCUUGAAUAAAGCCAUAAAAUUAGGUGGUUCUCUCUUCUCAAUGCAAUAGCAAAUAUCAUUUUGGCUUUCCACAAUUCGUACUAGGCUUUAUGUAUUUCACAAUAAGCUGUCAUUAUUUAGAAAAAAAUUGAAAGAAUAUGAACCCAAAUGGCUAUCCUUGGUGCUCAAAAACUGUUCCAACAAGUAAGACUUUAUCCAAAGCAACAUAGCCUUAACUUAGCUCUCUAUAAUCUGUUUAAAUGCUUUGAAGAAAUCAGUAUAUUAUUAUUAUGAUGUACAAUACAUUCACUUAGGAAGUUAAUAAUUCAUAGGGUCACAACAAAUUGUUGUUCCGAUGGUAGACUACUAAAUUAUCCGUCCAUAAAUGUACGUUAUUCAAUAUCUGUUUCUCCAGCUGUUUUGCCAUCAUUGAUCUCGCAAUAUAGAGAUUGAAAGUGUCCUGAUCACGAGUUGGAUUCUGCUGCUAUUUUUAUAGUUUUGCUACCAAUUUGAGAUUUAUUUUUAAGUUAAUGGAGUUUUUGGGCAUAUUAUUUAAUAACUGAAAUUGUCAACGUGAUACAGCUUUCUUAAUAAGAUUAUGUCUUUACAACAAUAAAGCUUAUUUUGAUUUGAUAUGCUAGUAUCCAGUUCAAUUGGAUUUUUUCAGCAACCUAAUAUAAUUGGGCUAUAAGGAAAAAAAAUAAUACUGAUAUAAAUAAUGCACUUUCUUUCUCUCUUCCUAUAAAAUAAAUAGCAAUAAUAAGAAGCAUCGAAUUUAUAAUAAUAAUAUUUAAAACUUGACCAAUAGAUGUGUCUGUUUAUUAUAUUUACUGUUUAUCACUAAAAAGAAAAUUGGCCUCUGAUAACAUCUUUAACAACACUACAAGCAAAUAUGUAUUUAAGGUGUAAUGGCUAUAUUUUGACUUGUUUUUUGUACCAAUAAUAAUUAUAUCAGUAUUAUUUAAAUGAAUCAUAUUUAACAGUAAACUUCCUGUUUAAACACCAAUUCUAUAGAUGUUAACUAAAAUAUAAUAUUAUUAAAUAUUUUUCUAGCAAGGUAUAUUUAAGUUCCCUUGAAAAUUUAUUAUAAAUGUAUAGAAUA